AUGUCAAAUCCAUAUAUCCUUCUCGUCCUGAUUCCGUUGUUCUCAAAGAUUUCAACCUCAAAGUUGAAGCAGGCAAAACUGUGGCUCUUGUUGGUGCCAGUGGAAGCGCUAGAUGCUACAAUGAAUGAAGUCAUGGUUGCUGCCAUGGCUGCAAAUGCCCAUAAUUUCGUAAAACGGCUUCCGGAAGGGUAUGAAACAAAGAUUGGCGAACGCGGAGCACUUUUGUCAGGAAGACAAAAGCGGCGAAUUGCUAUUGCCAGAGCCAUUAUCAAGAACCCCGCGAUUCUGCUACUUAAUGAAACAACAAGUGCUCUUGACUCAGAAUCAAAGUAA